AUGCCUUGCACAACCAUAAUCAUAACCACAACCCAAACCCUCACCUCUCCCUCCACCGCCGCAAACCACAAAUCCCUCGAAAAACGUAUCACAGCCCUCAGCAUAAAAAUCGCCACAGACCGCGCCAACCGCCGCGAAAUGCUCCCCCUCGAUCACACCACCUGGAAGCGAGAAGACCCAUGGUCCGCCGAUCUCGAGCGCUUCCAAAUCGAACUAGAGGAACUGUGGAUUGAGGUCCGGGGCCAAACUUUGGAGUUCAAGACGGUAUGGGUGGACGCAGUGGAAAAGAUGUAUGCCGAUGAAAUUGGAAUCUGGAGGGCUUCUGGGAUGGUCUGA